CGGCGGGAAGGGGCAGCGGGGCCUGGCGGGGCGCGAAGCGGUGCCUGGGCCCGGGCCGCCGCUCGCGGAGAGCGCCGCGGGGCCGGGCCGGGGUGCCCGGGUUGGGGGUGCCGGGCGCUGCCGAGUCCCGCGGGGCUCCGCGGCGGGAGCCUGUCAGCGGGCUGUGGGGCCGCGGCCUGGGCUCCCGGCAACGGGAGAGCCCGCUCGCCGCGGCCUGCAGCCUGUCCCGCCGGGCCGGAGCUGCCCUGCCGGGGGUGGCCGCUGAACCGGCCCCGUUUCUCCCGCAGCUCAAAUCGGAACCCUGAAACCAGCCCCCGGCCCCGGCCGAGCCUCCCGCGGGGCAGGUGGUCGCUCGGCCCCCGGGGAGCGGGUCCGGGCGCUCGGGUGCUGUCAGCCCGGGAGCUUCUCUGACUUGGGACGUUGUUUCUCGUUCCAGUUUCUCAGCGCUGGCCUCAUGCGGGCGCUGGCAUCUUUGUAAGAUGUCAGCAAGGACGCGUUGACGUUUCUUUGAGCCCAAGCUUUUGUUUGAAUUGCUCGGUAACUGUUUAGAAUAGUCAGAGAAAGGCUUCUUAACUUAUUCCCUCGGUUUGGUUUCUGUGGUUCCCUGAAUUUCAUCUGCUUUAAGAAUGUCUCGGGAAGCUCAGGGUUUCUGAUCCCCUCACAGUUCUUUGGUGAAUGGGAAGCAGCUUUUCCGUCGCUCACCUCCCAGGGUUCUGAAAUCUGCCUGCGAAUCGCAGCUUUAUGAGCUUUGUCUCCUCAUAGCCGCCCGGCUUCCAGACACACGCUUGUGUUUGUUCCCCUGACGCUAUAGCGAAACCUUUCUCAUUUCGGUCUUAUUAGAGGACAGACUCACCAAUAUUUAUAAUUAUUGUGCGUUGUAGUCUUUCUGGCCGGUUCUUCAGCUAAAGCAUCUUUCAAUAUUUCCCAUAUGAGAAAACAACCACAGAGAGCUAGUUUGGCUUUUUCAAAAAAGAUCCCCAGGUGCAGUAACCACAACGUUUGGAUUUAGCAGCUCUUUUCCAGUUAUAGCGAGCGUUCCCAGCUUUUCUGUGCAUCUUGUGGAGCGAGAAACAAAGGACUCAAGGCACACAUCCAAAAAUGCCAGGAUUGCAUUUCUGGGAGUUGCUGUUCAACCAUGUUUGCCAGUCUGGAAUUACCUGAAGACCUGUUGCACGCCACGAAAUACUGACGUUGUGGACUUUGUUUUGGUCAGCUGGAAUACUUCUCAAGUCACAUGCAGCAGGGUCCUGUCAGGAAACCACUUCUGUUUGUUCCAGUGGACGAACAGCUCGGGUGCUGCCAUGGCCACGGUUUUCCAAGUCGCACAGUUUGUCUUGCAGACACUAGCACUGGGUCACCCGCAUCAUCGUAACGUCUGACAGGCUCCCAUUGCUGGAAACAAUGGUUUUGGAUGAUCUACCUAACUUAAAAGAUACAUAUGCCUCCUUGUACUCCUCAGCUAUGGAAGACUUAGAGGUGGAUUUUGAUUCAGGACUGGAGGAGGACGAGCUGAAGGAAGAUGCUGCUUCUGAGGAUUCCACAAUCUUUGUAGCUUUUAAAGGAAAUAUAGGUGACAGAGACUUUGAGCAGAAACUAGAUGUCAUAUUGGAGAAUGUGCCUGGCCUUUUACACAUGGAAUCCAACAAGCUAAAGCUGCAGAAGAUAGAGCCGUGGAACAGCGUGCGCGUCACCUUCAACAUUCCCCGGGAAGCCGCCGAGCGGCUGCGCAUUCUGGCUCAGAACAACAACCAACAGCUUCGGGACCUGGGGAUUCUCUCAGUUCAGAUUGAAGGGGAAGGUGCCAUCAACUUGGCGCUGGCUCAGAACCGCAGCCAGGAUGUGCGGAUCAACGGGCCCCUGGGCGCCGGCAGCGCCGUGCGCGUGGAGACGGCGUUUCCCAUGCAAGGGGGACAAGGUUUAAUAAGAAUGAGCAACGCUGCAGCUGUCAUGAUGUCCCAGGGUGGGAGCGUGCCCUCCUCCAUGGUGGCGGCUAGUGCUGGCGCUGAGCUGCAGACAAGAGCUCCUCGGCCUUCCUCACAGCCAGAUGCAAUGGACCCACUCUUAUCUGGGCUAAAUAUCCAGCAGCAAAGUCAUCCAUCUGGAUCUUUAGCUCCCCAGCUCCAUUCAAUGCAGUCAGUUCCUCUAAACAGGCAGAUGAACUCAGCCAACUUCCAGCAACUACAGCAGCAGACGCAGUUGCAGACACGUCCUCCCCAGCCACAUCAGCAGCCACAGCAGGGUAUUCGACCUUCCUUUACUUCACCAGCACAGGUUCCAGUUCCCCCUGGCUGGAACCAGCUUCCUUCUGGAGCACUUCAGCCUCCUCCGACCCAGGGAGCAUUGGGUACAUUGACAGUAAACCAGGGCUGGAAAAAGGCCCCGUUGCCUGGACAAAUGCAGCAGCAACUUCAAGCAAGACCAUCUCUAGCAACAGUACAAACUCCUACUCAUCCUCCACCUCCAUAUCCUUUUGGAAGCCAGCAAGCUUCCCAGGCUCACUCAAACUUUCCCCAGAUGAGCAAUCCUGGCCAGUUUACUGCUCCUCAAAUGAAAAGCCUUCAGGGAGGGCCCUCGCGGGUUCCUACGCCACUACAACAGCCCCACCUCACCAACAAGUCUCCUGCUUCCUCUCCCUCCUCCUUCCAGCAGGGAUCUCCUGCAUCAUCUCCAACAGUUAACCAGCCGCAGCAGCAGAUGGGACCAAGGCCUCCCCAGAGUAGCACGCUGCCCCAGGGAUUCCAGCAGCCUGUCAGUUCUCCCAGUCGUAAUCCUAUGGUGCAACAGGGGAAUGUACCCCCCAACUUCAUGGUGAUGCAGCAGCAGAACCAAGGUGCGCAAGGUUUACACCCUGGUUUAGGAGGAAUGCCCAAGCGCCUCCCGCCGGGGUUCCCCGCGGGCCAGCCCGGCCAGAGCUUCCUGCAGGGCCAGGUCCCCUCCACGGCCCCCGGGACGCCGGUGAACAGCGUGGCCCCGCAGCUGCAAACCAGCCAAAACGUGCCGCACACAGGUGGCCAAGGAUCUGGACCUCCUCAAAAUCAGCUGCAAGCAGCACAUGGCCCACCCAAUAUGAUGCAGACCAAUCUAAUGGGACUUCAUGGAAAUAUGAACAACCAGCAGGCUGGUGCUGGCGGGGUGUCCCAGGUGAACAUGGGCAACAUCCAGGGCCAGCCGCAACAAGGACCACAGUCUCAGCUCAUGGGCAUGCACCAGCAAAUUGUGUCUUCUCAAGGACAGAUGGUGAACAUUCAGGCUCAGGGAUCACUGAACCCUCAAAACCAGAUGAUACUUUCUCGAACUCAGCUCAUGCCACAAGGCCAAAUGAUGGUGACGCCACAAAACCAAAAUCUUGGCCCUUCUCCCCAGAGGAUGACCCCACCCAAACAGAUGAUUCCCCAGCAGGGACAACAGAUGAUGUCUACACACAAUCAGAUGAUGGGACCUCAGGGCCAGGUCUUGUUACAGCAAAACUCAAUGAUGGAACAGAUGAUGACCACUCAGAUGCAAGGAAACAAACAGCCUUUUAGUACGCAAAACCAGUCCAAUGUUAUGACGGGGCCAGCUCAACUGAUGAGAGGACCAACCCCAAACAUGCAAGGAAACAUGGUGCAGUUCACUGGGCAGAUGAUGGCGCAGCAAGGCCCCGUGAAUGGUAAUCCUUCUCAGGUUAUGGGAAUCCAAGGGCAGGUUUUAAGACCCACUGGACCUGGUCCUCACAUAUCUCAGCAACUUGGGGAUACUACGACUACGACAAAUAAUGAUGUGAACUUGGCACAGAUGUUACCUGACGUUCCUGUGCAGCAGCCAAACAUGGUGCCUUCUCAUAUGCAAGCAAUGCAAGGAAACAACAACGCUUCAGGGAGUCAUUUCUCUGGCCAUGGGCUGCCUUUCAAUACUGGGUUUAGUGGAACGCCAAAUGGGAAUCAGAUUUCCUGUGGGCAGAAUCCUGUUUUUCCUGUCAAUAAAGAUGUUACGCUCACCAGCCCGCUCUUGGUUAACCUUCUACAAAGCGAUAUAUCGGCGGGACACUUUGGUGUGAACAACAAGCAAAAUAAUCAGAAUGCCAACAAGCCGAAGAAGAAGAAGCCUCCAAGGAAGAAGAAAAAUAAUCAACAACUAGAACAAACAACUUCUUCAGAACCGCGUCCAGCUGGGCUGGAGGAGAGUGAUCAGUCAUCCAUGUCUGGAGAGCAAGGAAUGAAUUUAGAUAAUUCAGGCCCUAAACUUCCAGAUUUUGCAAGUAGGCCACCAGGCUAUCCAUCUCAGCCAGUGGAGCAAAGGCCACUUCAGCAGAUGCCACCUCAACUCUUGCCACACACGCAGCAGCCGCAGCAGCCGCAGCCGCAGCAAGGCCAGGCCCCGCCACAGACACCGCAGCAGCAGCAGCAGAUGAUGAUGAUGCUCAUGAUGCAGCAGGAUCCCAAGUCAGUCAGGCUGCCCGUUCCGCAGGGAGUUCACCCCCCCAGAGGGCCCGUGAACACAGACGCUCAGCGAAUGCCGAUGCAGCAGAGCGGCAGCAUGCCGGUGAUGGUGAACCUCCAAGGCCCGGGGUCGGUGCCUCCGUCUCCUGAUAAGCAACGAAUUUCCUUGCCGGGCAAUCCUCCUCUGGGAAAUAAUGCAAGGAAAAUGGUUUAUCAAGAUAAUGUACAGAAUCCUUCCAACUCACCCCUCGGAGAGGUUUCAUCGGUAUCCUCCCUUCCAGAAGGAGGUGGAGCUGAAGGCCCCCCAGCAUCAGGAGCUCAGAAUAAUUUGACGUCUCAUUUAGUAGUUUCACAGAACCAAUUAAUGAUGACAGGACCCAAACCGGGACCAUCCUCCCUUUCAGCUGCCCAAGGCGCAAGUCCCCAGCAGCAGUCCAGUUCUCUGCCUACUGCUCUUACGCACCAUUUUCCAAAUGUUGCCGCCCCAUCACAAACUUCAAGGCCUAAAACACCAAACAGAGCAAGCCCAAGGCCAUACUAUCCUCAGACUCCUAAUAACCGUCCACCUAGCACAGAACCAUCAGAAAUCAGUUUGUCUCCAGAGAGACUCAAUGCUUCUAUAGCUGGUCUGUUCCCUCCCCAGAUUAAUAUUCCUUUGCCUCCCAGGCCUAAUCUCAAUAGAGGAUUUGAUCAGCAGGGUCUUAAUCCCACUACUUUGAAGGCCAUUGGACAAGCCCCAUCAAACCUCACAAUUAACAAUCAGUCUAGUUUUGCUGCUCCGCAGUCACACAAAUUGGAAGGUGUUGUCAUCAAUUCAGGCAAACAAACCAACAGUGGAGGAACAAAGAGAGCGAGUCCAAGCAAUAGUCGAAGGUCCAGUCCUGGAUCCAGUAGGAAAACUACACCCAGCCCUGGCAGACAAAAUUCAAAAGCAGCUAAAUUAUCAUUGACACCUCAGCAGAAUCCAUCUCUCUUGCAGAACAUGGAAUUACAAAGAAACAUGAUGGCUGGUCCCUCUUCUUUGCCAACACCUGUGACUACAAGUUUUCAAAAUAAUAACAUGCUGAGUAACCAGAAUCCUGCAGUUUCUGUACCUGCUGUCACAGGGGUUCCUGAAGACAAUAAGGAGAGCCUUAGUGUGCCACAAGAUAACGAGUGUCCAAGCACACAAGGUGUCCAAGGUAACAAAGACCAGCCCAGUAUUGAACUAAAAGCUGUCCCUGCUCCAGAAAUGAAAAUGUUGGUUCCGGAAGAACAGUCAAAAAAAGACGGGCAGACCGUGGACACCAGUAAACUUCCAGUCUUGGAGGAAAGUAAAACCAUGGUAUCUCCAGCCAUGAGGGAGGCACCAACUUCUUUAAGUCAACUUCUUGAUAAUUCUGGAGCUCCUAAUGUAACCAUUAAACCCCCUGGGCUGACUGGUCUUGAAAUGGCACCGAUAGUCACCACUGGUGAGGAGCUAAAGAAGAUAGCUGUCAUUCCUCCGCUGCAGGAGGCAUCCUCGAGCAAAGAGGCAUCUAGUUCACUUAGCUUGCCUCAAAACAAUGAGGCCUCUUCAAAUUCAGGGCACCAGGAACUGGGAGAAAUAAACUCAAACGUUGCUCAGAGUGUUCCUCCAGUAAUGCAAAGACCCGUCAGCUCUUCUUCUAUAUCAGGUCCUUUACCCCCCAACCAGAUAACAGUUUUUGUAACUUCAAACCCUAUUACGUCUUCUGCUAAUACAUCAGCACCGUUGCCGUCUCACUUGCAACCUGCAUUAGUGUCAACUGUUGUCACAAUGCCCAACGUAGGGAACAAAGUGAUGGUUUCUGAGGGACAGUCGGCAGUUCAGUCGAACGCCCGGCCACAGUUUAUUACACCCGUUUUUAUAAACUCAUCGUCAAUAAUUCAGGUUAUGAAGGGCUCUCAAUCCAGUACGAUUCCAACAGCCCCGAUGACUUCUAGCUCCAGUCUAAUGCCUCAGUCAGUGGCGGUUGUUGGUCCUUUGCAUAUACCGCAGAAUAUCAAGUUCUCCUCCGGGCCCGCUGCUCCCAGCACGUCGUCCAGCAGCCCUGCUCCCAGCGUUCCCGCCAGCAGACCGCUGGUUCUUAACCCCUUGGCACCUCCUGUCCAGCUGCCUUCUCCCACUACAACUUCUGCCAAUGUUCCCGCACAUCUUCCUGCUCAGCAAGUCAAAGACUUCAGCCCAGAGGAGGCUCCCCAGGCGGGCGGGCCGAGCGAGCCGUGCUCUGCCACAGCAGCGCAGCCGGGGCCUGCAGUUCCGCCUCUGCUUACCAGCAGUCCGGGGCCUGGGAACAGGCGCAGUCCUGUUUCCUCGAGCAAGGGAAAGGGAAAAGUAGACAAGAUUGGCCAACUCUUGCUGACUAAAGCGUGCAAGAAAGUCACCGGCUCCCUUGAGAAAGGGGAAGAGCAAUGUGCUUUGGAUGGAGAAACAGAAGGUCAGGGACUAGAAACGUCAGUCCCGAGUAGUUUGGGAGCAGAGCAAUCACCAGCAGAACUGGAUAAUAAAACUGUGACACCUCCAUCACCCAGUCUUACAAAACAGAGCACUUCUGGGCCUGGCAACGCGAGUGUCGGCGUCAGCCCUGCGGCUGCUGCUCCUGCCGCGUCCCCCGGUGUCUCCACAAGCACUCCUCCUCCUCCUCCUGCUCCCACUCCCGCUCCCGCUCCCAGCGCCCCGGCCAUUCCCGCUCCCACAGCCCCCGACCCGGCGCCCGCGGCCCCCAGCGCUAACGGCAGCGACCACGGCGGCGUCCCGGCCGAGCAAACCAGCGCUGGCACGGCCGAGGAAAAAGCAGGAGUGCAUCAGGAGCUGCUGCAGAGUGCAGCAUCCUCUCAACAGUUCGCACAGAAAAAAAGUUCAGUUGCAACACCAGAAAGUACUGUUCAAAGAACAGAACUUGAAACAAAUGCUCCAGUAGUUGCUGGUCAAAGUAAUGAGACAAAAGAGAAUUGUGAAAAGUCUAAAACUCCAAAUAGAAGAAAUUCAAGAACAGAGGAUUCUGCCGCUUCACAGGAAACUGUAGAGAACGGGCAGCGCAAGAGAUCGUCCCGACCAGCGUCCGCGUCCGGCACCGCAAAAGGUAAAACGCGCGCCCGCCGCGUCCUGGAGAGGGCAGGAGGUACCGGCCCUCCCCGGGCCGUAGCCCUAACGCUGCUGCACAGCUCCUGCGCGCUGGGUGCUGCUCGCUCUAGUUCCAAUGCUUUAGACACAGGUCGGUGUGGAAGUGUUUACUGACAUCAGUAAAUCUUGGGUGAAUUCCCCACUGUUCGAUUUGCGGAACUCGUUGUCUGCAGGACUCAUCACCGUAGUGUUCUGCGAGCUUGCCUAGGGGAAUUCUCUUGCCAGACGUGUUGCCAUUAAAAGGACCGUACUCCACUAAAAGGGACUUUUUUUGUGUUUCCCGAAGCCUGAAAGACACGAGACAAGCGCUAAAGUCUUCCCCAGUGCACGGUCGGCUCUCACGAAGCCGAGCGCUGGGGCUCAGGUGCGCUCAGACACACAGCCCCGGCUGUUCUUGCCAAGAACAUGUGAAAUCCGAAAAUCACACAUAUUAACCGUGGCAUUAGCAGUUGCUGACGUGCCUUAUUUCUACACAGGUUGCAAUCUUUAACAGAGGAUGCAGCAUUUGUGUGAUAAACGCGGUGAUUACCGGGGCGCACGGUGCGCAGGGUCGUUGUGCGCUCCCGAAGCUGUGUCAGCUCCUUGUGUUUAAGGGUCAUUUAAUUCGGGUGGACAAAAGUUGUGUGAGAGGGUAGAGACUGUCAAGAGGCAACAUUCCACCACUAUUUUAAAAAUAACAUACAGAACAAAGAGGUAUUAAUAUAAAAUUAUUAUAAAAGGAAGUCAAGUUGAAUUCAGCAACCAUUUUCCAUACUGAAGAUACUAGAGUUUGCUGGCAAGAAUAUUUGCAUUUUAAGAGUUCCAGAGAAGACUUCCAGCUAUACGUAAUUGUGCAGUGACUCUUGAAGAUUACAUGGAGGGACCUAAAUGUUCUGCACUUCUGUGGCUGCUGAAUUUAGUUAAAUUUAACUUCUUGUGGCAGGAUUGUGCAGAGGAAUCGGUGUUGUAAAAAUAACUUUCAUGGUUGUGAAGAAAAGUUUGAACAAUGUGAAGCCAAUGUAAAACCGAUUUGGUGAUACCUCCCUGAGCUUGAGGGGAUCUGAACCCAUGACCUGCCCACACACUGUCAUGGAUAAACCUAAAGAUGACAACCAGUGGCACGUCAGAUUCUGAAAAUGUGGGAACGCAAAAUUACAUCAAAUUUGAAUAAUACCAGAACUCACUUAGAGGUUUUGCACUGACUGUGUUAUUCGUUUACCUCUGUAAGUAGAAUCACUGUUUUUAAAACGUGCAUCCGAAACUGCGGCAGAAUCCCAGGGGUUUGCUGGAGAACGAAGGUCCCGCCGUGCAGCGCCUGGGGCCAGGAGACGAGAGCAGGACAGGACUGCAGUGGAAGGGAAGGGCUGGAAGGGCUGGGGGAGCGGGCGCUGAGGGAGCGAACAAGGUUCGCCACUUGUGCCUGCUCUGGUCUACGUGUUUAUUAGUGACUUGUAGCUUAAGAAAGCACAUCUGGUUUGUGUGCUCCUGGCCUGGAGGCUGAUUAAAGUCAUUAUAAAAAUGGCAAUUAUGAAAAACAGGGGAGGGAGCUGCUGGUGCUGCUCCCGAGGGACUGGGCCAGGGACUGGGCCUGGGACUGGGACAGGGGCUGGGACUGGGACAGGGACUGGGACAGGGGCUGGGCCUGGGACUGCGACUGGGCCUGGGACAGGGACAAGGACAGGGCCUGGGACUGGAACAGGGACAGGGACAAGGACAGGGCCUGGGACAGGGACUGGGACUAGGACAGGGCCUGGGCCUGGGACUGCGACUGGGCCUGGGACAGGGACAAGGACAGGGCCUGGGCCUGGGACUGCGACUGGGCCUGGGACAGGGACUGGGACAGGGCCUGGGCCCGGGCCCGGGACUGGGACUGGGCCUGGGCCUGGGCCUGGGCCUGGGCCUGGGGCCGGCUCAGCUCUCGCUGCUGCCGCAGGGCGAGUCGCAGCGCUUGCUGCCCGGGGUCUGGCAGUCGUGUGUGUUGAGCCGUUUCGCUCCUGAGAACCGGUGCCGUGUUGGUGUUUUCAUUUUUUGGAGUACCUUUCCAGCAAGGGCUGUUUCAGCAUUUCCUGUAGCUUCGAGUUUGUUGAAUUUUGAAACGUCGAUUAUUUUUUUAACACGACGUUUAGCAGCCAUGGGCUUGUACCGUUGCUUUUCUACUUUUAGAUGUCUCGGAAAUUUUUUCCCUUUCGACUCUUAAAAUACACACGGCUAGAAUAGCUUUUGGAAAAUACUGCAAAGAGCCAAAGAUACAUUGCCAACAUUUAAAAUCACAUUUGAAAAAGAAUCUAAAGAUGCAAAUACCCUUGGUCCUUACUCUUUGUUGUUGUUUUGGAACGGAAACUUAGUGCCUUGGUAAGUGCACUGACAAUGGCAUCUGCUUUCGCUGCAGCUUCUGCGCGGGCUCUGGUUGUUCUGCUCCAGCGCUGUAUAUUUUGUAUCUUUCUGCAUUUUUCUGUGAAUCACAGUGUCCGCUGGCGAGACUCGUUUUCUUGUUUCCUAAUGACCUGACUCUCCGCGGACUCAAACUGCUCGGUGCUGAACUCGUGUGCCGGGCUCCAGAACACCUUCCUGGGGGGUUUGCACCCAUCUCCCCGUUCGGGUCUGGCUGGGGCGGUUUGUGCCGCGGCGGCUCCCUCGAAAGAACAGGUUACACGCGCCUUUCAGGGUUAGGUCCGUUCUGUUAGAGCUGGACGGAGUCGGGGCGGCCGCGCGGCGCGGGCGCUGCGGCAGCUCGGGGACCGCCCGCCCGCGUUUGCGCUCUGGUGCGGCCUGAGCGGGACGCAAGGGCAGUGCCUGCAGCUGUGCUCAGCGGCGGUACCGACUCCCUAUCCACGCUUGUUCUCUUCUCUUGAUUUCAGAAACGAGUGCCAGUGCAAUGCAGUCAAAAAGAAGAAAAUCCAAGUAAAUUACUGCAUGGAAACAUGAGACUUGUAAAUGAGUGUGAAUUUACCAAUAGCAAUUUUGAGCUGUGAUUUUUCUUUUUUUAAAUAAAAUUCUGUACAGUAAGUCAUUUUAAUAUUAUACUGUUCCCAAUAAAUGAUUUUUUUUCUAAAAAAUUGAUAAAUAGAUAUAAAAACCGAGUUCUUCUAAACCCCCCUGGAUUUACACAGUGUAGUCCAGGGUUAGCACAUUAGGUUAAUGUGUUUGUACGAAAUGGAAUGGGAGGGGAUGACAAUUGUAAAUUUGUUUGUUUCCACUUUUCGUAAAGGAAUUAGAAUACAGGGUUGUCAUUUUUAGGUAUUAAAUAAUGUAUUGUGCUGUUGUUUAAGUACUGUAUGUGAAUAGCAGUAAGAGGGUUUACAAACAGACCCGAUCUUGUUUGGAAAUGUAAAUAAUUCUAUUAUAUAGUAGAUUUGAUGUAUUUGUUGUAGAAAUGGACCAGUGAAACAAGAAAUAAAUUUAAGGGUUUGUAUAAUGUGGAAUCCCUCGUGCUCUAAAUAAAUGCUAUUGUCCCGUAA